CCCUAAGAAAACCUUUCUUAUAAGGAAGAAAAGAAAAAAUAAAUAAAUAAAUAAAAAAUUAUAUACAUCUCCAUCAAUAAAUAAAUAAAUAAAACAUCAUCAUCAGUUAGCUGGCACGCAGCUUCAGUUGCCAAUGGGAUAAUAAAAAGAGCUCCUUCCUCCCUCCACCGUAGAAGCCUCACGUGAAACCUCCUUUUUAUGUGUGUAAAUGUGUGUAUAUAUCCUACCUAUAUAUUUCAACCCCAACUCACUACCUAUUUUUCACUCAUCCAAUACCCACUUCACUUUGCAUCUCUCUCCCACUAUAUUCCAACUUAGAAUCUGAAUCUCUCUCUCUCACUAAAAGUCAUCUCCAUGGCCUCACAAUACCAGACCUCGACUUUACAACUCAUCAGUCAACACCUUAUUCACGACUUCGCGUUCGUUGCUGAUCUCAAUUUCUCUGCCUCUCAAUCAUCUGAAAUUUUGAAUUCCCAAACUUCUAGUUCUGGGUCUAACUCUGCUCUUCGCAUCUCCAACAAUUUUGAAUUUGAUUUCUUCACGAGCUUGUCCAAUCCCAACCCAACUCAUUUUGAUCACUUGGAAUUUGAACCCAAACCGCAAAUUUCGAAUACGAAGACGUAUAAACAACCGACUAGCUUUAGUGAUCGCCGGCCGUUGUUGAGCAUAUCGGUUCCGUCGCCGGGGAAGAAGGUUGAGUUAUCGGGAUUUGGGGGGAAUAAUCGGCCGCCGGUGGUGCCUGCGGCGGUGAAUGACAGAAAGGUGACGGAUUCCGGGGAGAAGAGGCAUUACAGGGGAGUACGUCAGCGGCCGUGGGGGAAAUUCGCGGCGGAGAUUCGGGACCCGAACCGGAGAGGUUCUAGGGUGUGGUUGGGGACGUUCGAUACCGCAAUUGAGGCGGCUAAGGCUUACGACAGAGCGGCGUUCAAGCUGCGUGGAAGCAAGGCGAUUGUGAAUUUUCCUCAUGAAGUUGGGAGUCCGCCGCAGGAGUCUGACCCACCGGCCAACACUCGCCCGAAGAGGCGCAGAGAGAGUGAUACGGAAGAGACAGCGAGCGUGACGGUGAAGAGGGAGAAGUCGCCGGAAUCUGACAACAGGACGGAGAGUGUUUCAACGGUAGUUCCUUUGACGCCGUCGAGUUGGACAGCCGUUUGGGACUAUGCUGACGUGAAGGGUAUAUUUGAAGUACCUCCGUUAUCGCCGUUAUCACCCCAUCCUAGUCUGGGAUAUUCCACGCUUACAGUUAUCUGAGAGGUUAUUAUCAGAGAACCAAACUAAAAGAAAAGAAUAAAUAAAUAAAUUCUUUUUGGUCAAACGCUCUUUAAACAGAAAUGGUGGUAAUGAUCAAGAGUUAAAAAUUAUUUUGAUGUAAAUACAGUAAUAGCCAAAUGUAAUUUGCUCAAUUUGUUUAUUUAUUUAUAUAAUAUAAGUGUGCGUGUGUGUGUUAUUAUA